AUGACGUGUCCAAGCACGCAGGUCCACCACUGCGCGGCCUUUGUGGCAGAAGUCUACACUUGGACCGCCCUGGGCCUCUUGAUAUUCGCUGCCAGGUUCGCCGUGCGGCUUCGAAUACGAUCAUGGCGACGACUUCAGGGAGACGACUACAUGGCCAUUGUGACUCUGCUGAUGUUCAUGAGUUGCAUCGCCGGUAAAAUGACGGUUUACUACAUUGGACCCAACUCUGACCAGAGCGAUGAGAGCCUACGCACUUUUACUAAAUGCCAGAUGGCCAAAGUUGUCAUGGCGAGCAAAGUACAGGUAUUCCUAUGGUACGCAUAUGUGUCGUUCCUCUGGGGACUCAAGGCCACGGUGCUGUUCUUCGUCAGCCGGCUCCCUUUACGACUCUAUCAACGUCGCUUACUCAAGCUCUUCGUGGUAAUGAGCGGACUUGCCUUCGUGGCCAUCAUGAUCACCUUGACUUGCACAUGCCUGCCAUUCCGUCUCGGCUGGGCCACGAUUCCACGUCCGCCACCCAAAUGCACCAGUCGCAUGCAGAAUUACUAUCCAAUCAUGGCCACAAACAUCGCCACAGACUUGGCCAUCCUGACGGUUGUUUUCCCGUUACUCUGGCAGCUUAGAGUAUCAGUGCGUAGAAGAGUCGCACUGACACUGCUCCUCUGCUCCGGCAUAUUCGUCACCAGCGCUGCCCUCGUCUCAUUAUGCAUGUCGCUGACGGACCCAACAUCCACGAUAAACACCAAUCUGUGGGGUACCAGGGAAGAGAUUGCUGGAAUUGCCGCUGUCAACGCUCCCGUCAUUCGACCCAUAUUCCUCCGUGCGUUCUGGACAAAGGGUUUCGAUCCUUCCCGACGAGCACGAACACAUCCCAUCAGGCAAAAGCCCCUCGAGGCAGAAGGUUUCGCGUUGGGAGACAGAUCGAGGAGACAAAAGGUAGCUAGCAAGAUCAACCAAAAGUUUGGUGUCAUCACAUCAAUAGGAAGCUCGUCAAGCAAAUCAUCCACCGGAUAUUGGACUUCUAAAAGUGCCGAUACCACCUACGGUCCCUAUGCGGUAGGAUCGCAACGUGUCUWCGAGGACGAAUUUGAGGAUUUAGAAUGGGCAUGGGGUGUUUCUCGAGAUACUUCCACGACCAGAGGUCCAUGUCCGCUUUUGCCGGAACCAUCGCCUAACUUCGCUUCUGUCGAGGAACUGCCUGGACUAGGCGGACUCCAACCGAUCGUAGAAGAAGACGAGCCCAUUGCUGUGAUUGAGGGGAUUGCCAGUCCACCGGAGUGCGCAAAAGCUAACAGAGUCUCCGCACAUGCUCCGUGA